AUGACAACUGGUCGGUCAGAUUCGUUGAAUCUGUGCGACGUUGGCUUGGCAGACAUCGAAGGAAUAAAGGGCUUCUUCUCGGGCCAUGCCGUUGACCACGCGUCACCUUGCACUGCGACUGAGGACCGAGCGUGUCAUAUCGUUCGACACCUCACAGUGUGGAACGAAGUGCUUUCGCAAGCCAAGCUAGAACUGAGAGAAACACCGCGAACGCGCAGCGGGCUGACCGUAGCGAGUAUCGACUGCCCGUACAUUAAGAACCACUCGCUGGACACACUGCACCGGGUCGCCAAGCUGCUGCACUGCCUCGUCAAGAAGCAUCACUGCAUGACGCAUGUGGACGUCACGAUGGGAAGGCUCAACGUGUACGACGAGCUCCUGUGCGACGCCCUCCGUGGAAACCAGUUCAUCGAGUCCCUCAAGUUGCGGGACUCGUUCAGCCGGGGUCUCGGCCCCCACAGACGAUCACCAGACUUCAGGGAAGCGUUAGUGUCGGAGGAAUGUGGGGAAUCUGUAGCUAACAUUUUUGCAAGAAAUACGACGCUGCGCAGUAUUCACAUUACGGCCAGCCGUCAGAGGGGUGCCUUCAUUUGGGAUGUCUGGUUGACAUCCAUCACGGAGAAUGAGACGCUUCAAGAACUUACACUACCAUUCAACAUCUGGAGGCCACAGGCGUGGGCUCUGUUCUUUAGAGCGCUUUCGACGAAGCACAGUCUAAAGCACGUGAUCAUAGACGGGGUCGCCACGAACGCCUUCGCUUUGCAACAAGUCUGCGAGGCCCUACGAGAAAGUGGCGCAGAUGAGAAGGUCGUUUUUGGACCAGAGUUGGGGGCUUGCUGCUAUCGGCACGAUUUGCAUUUACUCAGGUACCAUUGUUUCCGCGACGUCAUCGCCUCACAGGCUGAUGACGGAGCCGAUGCUCCGCCGCUUGGAAGGCUUCUGCACCAGCUGUGUUCGCUGAACCACGUGACAUCGCUGACUGUGACUAUUGAUCCUGGUACGUACAGGGAGGACCUGUCGUCUGCUCUGGCAGACUAUGUUGGAACCACCACCACGCUCAAGAAACUGCGGCUGAUCUCGGUGUCUGUUGCCGACCCGGCGAAUGAAACUGACCUAGCUUGGGCGGCCGUGGUUGAGUCGUUUUCAAGGAACAGCAGCUUAGCAGAGCUGUUCGUCAGCGCGACAUGCAUGCCUGAGGACGACUCUGAGCGCAUGGCUGAUUUCGUCAAGCGCAGUGAAAACAUACGAAGGUUCUCCGUUUCGGUACAAAACAGCUGGCACUCGGCGUGGUUCGUGAGUCGCUUGUCCGACGGCAUAUUUCGCAACUACAGCCUUCUAAAACUCGAAUUUCCUGGCUACAUGAACAAGGACUCGUUUGCCAUCUGGGACACGGCGCGGAGGAACUCCCGCCUGGUGGCCAGUGCUUCGCAAUUCCUAGCAGGAGCUAAUCCUGACAAGACCACUGCGGCGGCGCUGGAGCGGGUCUUGCGGCACCGUGCUCUGCUGGCGGAACUUGCCGAAGUCCAGUCCAUCAGCGAGGGCGAGGCAGCGGCCGCUCUCCGAGACGAAGUCAGGUCCUUCGAAGGCAUGCACGAGUUCAUGCGACUCGCAGGGGUCGUGAAGGAAAGGGUCACGUGUCAUCGACGGGAAGACGGGUGCGUGCAGCUCGACGACCUCAACGAGUACUGCUGGAUCGCGAUCCGGCGCUGCCUCGCGCUUGAUGACGUCGUGGACGAAUGCUCCCAAUCAGAGCCGAACCGCUUGUGACGUAGGCACGAUGCUGUUCUUUGUUGUAUUUUGUCUCAGAGACACGCCAUCUGCCCGGACAGACAGUCGCGAAAAAAAAAAAAUAAGAAAUCGCACAUA